AUGCAGCAAGGAGCUGGAGGGGCCCAAACCCAUUAUGGAGUUGGGCCAGCUGAAGACAUGGGAGCUGCUGCUGCUGCUGCUGGUCCUUCUUCUUCUUCCAUGGCCGCCGCAGCAGCAGAAGCUGGAGACCAAGCCCAGCUAGUAGAAGCAGCCUCGCCAAUCAGCAGCAGGCCUCCUGCUUCCGCGUCUGUCAAUCUGGACGAGCUCAUGACUCUCUCUGGAGCAGCUGCUGCAGCUGAAGACGCUCUCGCUGCUUCGAGAGACGAAGCAGAUCGCGGUGGCGGUGGCGUUGGGUCCAGCGGCAACAGGUGGCCGCGUCAAGAAACCUUGGCCCUUCUCAAAAUCAGGUCAGAGAUGGAUGUGUCCUUCCGCGACGCCACCCUCAAAGGCCCCUUGUGGGAAGAUGUUUCCAGGAAGCUAGCGGAGUUGGGGUACAAAAGAAGUGCCAAGAAAUGCAAGGAGAAAUUCGAGAACGUGCACAAGUAUUACAAGCGGACGAAAGAAGGCCGCGCGGGUCGUCAAGACGGCAAGAGCUACAAGUUCUUCAGUGAGCUAGAGGCUCUACACGGCACCACCGCCGCCACGUCCUCAGUCAACGCGUCAGCCUCUCCCGCUGUCCACGUCACCCACGCUUCUCCUAACCCGGUUUCUAUCGGGUUCAGCAACCCCAUGCCCAUCUCAUCCUUCAGAAUGUCACCCACAAUUCCCGUAAUGCCCUCCCAACAACCUCCCGCUACAUUUCCAGUAAUGCCCUCCUCCCAACCGCCACCGACAGCAGCAACAACGGCCACUCAUCCAAUGGACAUAAACUUUUCCUCCAACAGCUCGUCUUCGUCCCCGGGGACCGACGACGAGGACGACGACGAUGAAGUCGAAGGAGAGCCUUCGAGUCGAAAACGGAAGAGAGGGGGUGCUAGUACUAGCAGCGGCAGCACCCGAAAAAUGAUGGAGUUUUUCGAGGUUCUGAUGAAGCAGGUGAUGCAGAAGCAAGAGACCAUGCAGCAGAGGUUUCUAGAAGUAAUAGAGAAGAGGGAGCAGGACAGGACCAUAAGGGAAGAGGCGUGGAAGCGUCAGGAGAUGGCUCGGCUGACUCGAGAGCACGAGCUCAUGAGCCAAGAGCGAGCCAUCUCCGCGUCCAGAGACGCCGCCAUCAUCUCUUUUCUGCAGAAAAUUACUGGUCAGACUAUCCAACUACCUCCGCCCGUCAACGUCCACGCAGCUCCGCCGCCACCUGUCCCCCCGUCGGUGCCGGUUGUCACGCCGUUGGCUCAGCAAUCGGUACAGCCGCCGAUACAGACAUCGUAUCAUCAAACGACGCCGCAGCAGCAACAGCCUCCGCAGCAACAACACGUGCAACAGGUUCGUCACCAUCAGCAGCAGUCGCAGAAUCUUCAGGUGGUGAUGGCUGUACCGGAGCAGCAGGUGCAGCCGCCGCAAGAGAAUAUUGCUAGCGGAGGAGGAGCAGGAGGGAGCUUAGAACCGGCGUCGUCUUCGAGAUGGCCCAAGGCGGAGGUGCUUGCACUGAUAAAGUUGAGAAGUGGGCUCGAGUCGAGGUACCAAGAGGCGGGGCCAAAGGGUCCACUUUGGGAGGAGAUUUCGGCUGGGAUGGGGCGGAUGGGGUACAAGAGGAGUUCCAAGAGAUGCAAAGAGAAAUGGGAGAACAUCAACAAGUACUUCAAGAAGGUGAAGGAGAGCAAUAAGAAGCGGCCCGAGGACUCGAAAACAUGUCCAUAUUUCCAUGAACUUGAUGCUCUUUACCGGAAAAGGAUACUCGGCGGCGGCGGUGGAGGCGGCAGCAGCAGCUCAUUGGGUAACCAGAACAGGCUGGAACAACCACAACAACAGCAACUGCAGCUGGAGAACCCGAAAUCAGAUUUGGCAACGCAGCCGCAAGAUAGGAGCUUAGAGGCCCAACCAAGUGUGCCUGUAAUGCCACAAACACAAGAGGCAGUGGUAGCUACUGAUCAAUCAGAAAACAAGAACGGAGAUCAUAGCGCAAAUGUGGAAACAAGUAACGUGGGUUUGAGAGCAAAUCUCUUUGAAGAGGCAACAGAUGAGGCAGCCAAGAAGCCAGAAGACAUUGUGAAGGAGUUGAUGCAGCAGCAGCAGCAGCAGGUGCAUGAUCAUCUUCAACAAGGGGUACAACAAUUAGCGGUAGAUGAUUAUGAUAGGAUUGAGGAAGCUGAUAGCGACAAUAUUAUGGAUCAAGAGGAGGACAUGGAAGACGAUGAUAUUGAUGAAGAAGACGAUGAGGAAAUGGAAGAGGAGAGAAAGAUGGCUUAUAAGAUAGAGUUUCAGAAACAGAACACAACAGGCCCGUCCUCUAAUGGGGGAGGCAAUGGGGCGGCCUCAUUCCUGGCCAUGGUUCAAUGA